AUGACCGCAAGAAACAUUGCCACAUGGUACGUGCGGCAUCCUGAACUAUUGAAUGACUCGGAUGGAGAAGCAGAUGAUGAGGGGGAUAAUGUCGAUGACGAUGUCGAAUAUGAACCGAUUGUUGACGAGCGUUCCGGAGAACCUCCAUUCAUACCACCAUCGCAACGUGACGAUGCGCCACUCGCCGGUAUCCUUCAGAAUCCUGAACUCGAUAAAAUUGAUCCAAGGUGUGAUUAUUAUUGA